AUGCCGAGGACCAAGAGGCCGGAGCGGCCCGCUCAGGAGAGCCCGAAGCGCAAACGGGAGGGACCGCUUGCGGAGGCGAAUGAGGGCCUGCGGGAGAUCGACAGGCAGCUCGGGGAGCUCUCGAGGGACCUGAGGUACAUUGCAGCCACGCACGGCGCUGUCAAGGCUAUCGGGCUCGAAGAACACGACAAGAACGCCUCGGCGAAGGUGGCGCGCGACCGCUGGGACCGCCGGUUGCCGGGCGUGGUGCUCCACAAACGCUCGCUAGUGGGACAUGCGCAUCCUGUGGUGUCCGUCUGCUACAUGAUGCGCCGCAACUCGGUCAUCACGUCCGACAACCAUACGCUGCGCAUGUGGAACCACUCCACCGGCAAGCAGACCAACUGCAUCGUGCUGCCCCGCUUCACCACCACGGAGCACCUGGUGUACGACUCAGUGCUGGACGUGGUCCUGGGCGUCCGCGACAGGCACUCGAUCGUGGCCUUCGCGGGCUCGCUGCUCUACCAGGUCUACCAGUCCGAGCCGGAGGACUCCGCGCUCCUCUGCGCGGCCCUCAGCCGCCGCCAGCGCCUCUUCAUUACGGGCGGCCCCCACGCCACGCUGGCGCUGUGGGAGCUCCUGCACACCGACCGCACGGGGCAGGCGCAGGAGGACGCGAGCGCGGUCCCGAGCGACCCGCGCGGGGGCACGCGCAUCAAGCUCAAGUGCCGGCUGCGCUCCGAGCGCGCGCAGCAGGGGGAGUGGGUGUCGGCGCUGCACGUCCCCGGGUGGGAGGACACGCAGGAGUGGGUCUUUGCGGCCGUGGCCGAGAGCGUGCAGGUCUGGGACCUCACGAUGGGGCUCAUGGUGAUGCGGCUCGACUCGCUGCACGACCUCCCCAUCGGCGCGCUGUCGUGGCAGCCGCACCGGAGAAUACUCCUCACGGGGAGUAAAGAUCAACUGAUGCGCGUGUGGGACGUGAAGCGCUCGCUGCUGCAGACGGACCACGUGCGCGCGGACGGCGAGCACCGCGUGCAGGCGAUGCUCACGGAGACGGUCAACGCGCACAUCGGCCCUGUGUGCGGGCUGCACUGGGACUUGUUGUCAAACAUGAUUCUGACGCUCUCGCACGACGGGACGCUCCGGGUGCUCGACGGGCACAACUUCGAGCAGCAGGACUUCUUGCAGGUCGUGCAGGACUCCGAGGGCCGCCCGUCGGACUGCGGCAUCGGGUAUGACAGCGAGCAGUCUGACCUGCGGCUGGGCUCGCUGACCAUGCUCGACCGCCCGAUCGAGGGGCAGCGGUUCGCGUUCGCCGUCGGGACGACCGUGCUCGUGUGCGAGCUCCAGCCGCACAAGACGCUCCUCGCCGUGGCGCCCGCGAACAUCGCGUGUUUGUGCCCGCCGGUGCAAGUGGGCGUCCACAUGGGGCGGGGGGGGUCCCAGAAGGCGCUGCAGCCGCCCGACGCGAGCAGGGCCGAGGGCGACGAGGACGACGUGGACCCGGCGGACGAAUCAGCGGCGUACAAGUUCGCUCCGGGCGAUCCGAUCAUGAAGGACGAAGUCGCCGUGCUGACGGACGACAAUCGGAUCCUCCUCAUCGCUCCGUCGAUCGGGAGCGUCACGCGGGAGUUCAAGCCGAUGUCGGCGCGGCUGUCGCUGGACCGUUUGGAGCAGGAGCCGCUGGUGGGGACGGACACGUCCUUCUGGAAGCGCGCGUUGAUGCUGUCGCACGGGCGCGUGACGGCGGCCGCGCAGGUGCCCGGGCUGAGCGAGGUCGUGCUCGGGUGGAGCGACGGCGGCCUCGAGAUGCACAACUUGGCGACUGGCGCGAUGACGGACCUGGCGAUCCGCAAGGGGGAGUUCUCGGUUCUGCAUCCCGUGCAGCGGCGGUCUGCGAUCACCUGCAUCCGCGUGUGCCGUCCCAAGUCGCUGCAGCGGCAGCAGGGCUUCACCGCCGUGUACAAGAAGGCGAUCGAGGCGCUCCGGGACCAGGAGCGCGAGGGGCGCCGCGUGCGGGUCUUCAGCGACAUGGCUGACGUCAGUCUGUCGGAGUUGUACCGCCGCAUGGGCGUCCUGCGCUAUGUGUCGCGCUGGAGGCGCAAGGCGGCGCGGCCGCUCGUCAUCGCGGCCAACUCCAACGGCCUCCUGCUCCUGAGCAGCGCGACCAAGCCGGUGCUGGAGACGUCCGCCUCGAGCUCCGCGGGCCGCCAGGGCAAGGUGCUGGUCGUGCAGGCGCACAGGCGGGCCAUCGUGGGGGUCGAGACGCAGGACGACGUGAGCCAGUUCGUGUCGGCGGCGGAGGACGGCGAAGUCAAGGUCUGGGGCAUCUCGCGGCUGUUCGGCGCCACUUUGCGCGACGCACAGGCGCGGGGCCAUGUGGGCGUUGUGGUGCCGCUGAUGCGCGCCGACCUGCAGACAGAGGUCACGGCGGUUGGCCUCCUGCGUGGCAUCGCAUCGGUCCCCAUGGGAGACGGGAGCCUGGAGCACCACUCGCGUGAGACGAUCGGGCACGCGAAGAAGUUCUCGCGGAAGUGGGUCAACCUCGCACUUGCCAAGCGGGACAGCAAGCGGCGGGAAGAAAAGUCCACCGACGUCCUGGUCGUCGGCUCCGCGGACGGCAACGUCUGGCUGAUCGAGAUUCCCACUGUACCAGCGACGCAGCUGCAGCUCCCUGAGGCCAGCGAGGACAGUUUGGGCCAGGUGCCGUCCACGGGCAUGGUGCCCGUGCCCAGGGGCUCUCCGUCCACCGUCGGCGCCGCGCUGACCGCCGCCGCGAUGGUCGCGAGCGUCGAGGGCGCGAACCUGCAGCUCGCGCAGCGCAGCAGCCUCGACUGGCUCCACGUGGACGAUUUAGCCCCCCUGCCGCACCUCACCUGCGUCGCGCAGAGCAACGACGGAACCAGACACAAGGGCCCCGUUUCGAGCCUGUCGGUGGUGGGCAAGGACCUCGUGACCUGCGACCUGGCCGGGCAGGUCAUCGUGUGGGACACCGUGACGUGGCGCCCGGUCGUCUCGAUCAAGUACCGCGGCGCCGUCUGGCAGGUCGCGCUGUUGGGCCGCGGGCUGUCCUACAUCACGGCGCACGGCACGUGCGUCGGGAAGGUGGAGCACCGCAACCUGAUGCACUCGCAGAAGAAGCAGAAGAUCGUGGCGAACACGGUGGACCGCAUGCAGGUCCUGCUCAGAUCCGGGACCGACCGCGCCUCGAGCAUCCCCGGCAUGGCGGCUGUCUCGAAGAAGCGACUGGUGGGGUCGCGGCAGAGCUCCUCGGUGUCGCUGGCCAAGCUGCCUGACGUGGACGAGGCGUCGCCGACGCGGCAGGAGCGCGAGGACGUCGUGCCGGAGCCGGCGGAGCCGAUGUUCCACCCGCUGCGAUCGAAAGUGCAGUUCUUGCAACCUGGGAGCAAGAUUGCGCGCGACCUGGAAUACCAGGUCUCGAUCAUCCGCGAGGGCAAGCAGGACACGGAGUCGGACUACCAGAAGCUGCUGAUGGACAUCCAGGCGCUCGCGCUGCAGGAACCGGACUCGGUCAAGCAGAUGCGGUUGCGCAGGGAGUUGCAGCAGCAGUUCGCGGCGGGCCGCGAGGUGUCGGCGACGCAGGCCGCGGCGCUGGGCUCGCGCGGCCUCGGCGUCACGCGGGGGCCCCGCCGCAAGGCCUCCCCGGCGCAGGACGCGGCCGCGGGCGCGCUGGAGACCAUGAAUUCGCGACUGAAGGAAAUGCAGGCCGCGACGCCCACGGGGCGCGGCGGCCCGAUGCCCGGGACGGCGCCCGCGGGGCUGCCGCAGCGCGGGAGCUACAAGGGCGUGUUUGAGCGGCGGCUGGGGCGGAAACACGCGCCGCAGAAGUCGGAGGACGCGCAUGGGUUCGGGGACAACCCUCUGGUUCGAGUUGCGAGCCGGACGAGCUCGCAGCUCGGGCUGGGGCGGCAGGAAGGCAGUGUGGGUCCGCACGCGGAGGGAUCGGCGGCGGCGGAGGAGGGGAACGGCGCGGCUGGGGACGGAAGCGCGCCGCCGACUGCUCCGCCCGCGCACCGCACGAUUUCCGUCGGCGUGGAGCCCCAGCGGGAGGGCUCGCUGAUCAUGACGGCUCCGGCCGCGCACCGCGACAGCGAGCUCGGGCAGGAGCGCGCCGGGUCGGCGCUGCCGGCGCCCCGCGUCUUGGCGGACGGGGCACAGGUGUUCGCUGUGCCCCAGGUCGACACCGCCAAGCACGUCGACAGGCUGCCGUCGCGGGGCGAGAGCGCGGGAGGCGACAGCUUGCGGCUGCCGCCGCUGAACGGGCGGCCCGGGAGCACGCGGCUGUCUACGGCGGCGUCGGCGACGCAGGUGAGCCGGGCGGGGCGGCCGGCGCGGCUCCGGACGACGGCGGCGCGGCCGCCGGACGACAUGGAGGGCGUGUCGCUGAAGACGCACGUGUUGGCGCACGAGGACGACUACAAGCAGGCGAUGAUGAAGAGCUUGAUGGUGCCUACGGACGCGCGGCCGCUGCUGGCGGGCAAGUGGUCCGCGUCCGACAUGGACACGAUCGGUACGGGGGCGCAGAACUGGACGGACAUCAUCAACGCCACGAUGGGCGUGGACGUCGGCCUCGCGGUGCGCGCCGGGAAGGGCCGCCGCGCCAAGGGCAUCCUGGACGACGCGGGGAAGAAGAAGAAGGGGAAGAAGAAGAAGGGGAAGAAGAAGAAGAAGGGGGCGCCGAAGCAGACGGAGGCGGAGGCCGAGGCCGAGGCCAGGCGGCUGCAUGCGGAGGCGGAGCUAGCGAAAGCCAAGGCAGUGGAGGCCGCCAUCGCGCUGUCGUCGCCGCCGCCGCGCUCGCCCCUGAAGAAGCAGUCCACGCAUCUCCAGCUGCUGCACAAGGAGGUGUCCGUGCGCGCCAUGCCGCUCUCCGCGAUCCAGGAGGGGAAGCCCGAGCCGGAGCUCAUGGACCGGCAGAGCGCCACGGAGGCCGACUACACCGCGAUGCUCGCCGCGUACCGCCGCAACAGGGAGGCGCUGGCAGCGGGGCCGUCGGUUCGGGGCGGCUCGCCGCUGGGAACGGUCUCGGAGGCCUUGACGCCGUCGCCUACCAAGGUGUCCCGGGAGCCUGUCAGGCGCCCUGCCGGACAGGGCCUCGGGCCGGAAGGUAGCGGGACGCACGUGUCCUUCGCGCAGCGCGGCGCGGUCGGCGUCAAGGGCCCCCCGCAGGAGCAGGGUCCGUUGCAUAUAUCCCGGGUCGCUCACAUCGCGCGGCAAGCGGAGGCCGGCCCGCCCGUGACGGAGGAGUACAGCGGGGAGGCGCACAACGCGGCGGUGGCGGCCGAGAAGGAGCGCGUGCGGCAGGAGCGGUUGCGGCGGAAGGCGGCGCGGCGCAAGCACAAGCAGGCUGCGCGGGCGCGCAAAGAGGCUGCGCGGAAGGAGAAGCAGGAGGAGCAGAUGGCGCGGUUGCAGUACAUCCUGAACUGCCGCGAGCUGCCGAAGACCAAGGAGCUGGCGUUCCUGGCCGGCAUCUGA